CAGGUCAGCUCAAACAUGGAGAGAGGAGCAGAGAGACAAAGAGGAGGUGAUAGGGAGGUGGCAGAGGAAAAAGGCUCGGUGGAGAGGCAGUGGGGGGAGGCAGAGGUGCUGGCUCUCAUGACAGUGUGGGACGAGGUGGGAGCUCAGCACGUAGCAGAGAGCAGAGCCACAUUUGAGCUGAUUUCAGAGCGUCUGAGGAGGCUCAGUGUUGUGCGCAGUUGGUGGGAGUGUCAGGCCAAGUGCAGGAGCCUGGGACUCCAGAGCAGGAAGCCAGACGCAGCAGCAGGCACCUCAGCAAACUACAACCCAGGAGUGGAUGCAAGGCCAGAGGACAGCUGGGAGGAAGAGGAGGAAGAUGUGGGUAAUCAAAGAGGAAUCUACCAUCCCUCAGUCACUAUCCCAAUACAGGAAGGUAUCAAGAGUCUAAUCCAACAGACUCCUUACACUGCGAGUGUGGCUGAAGAGAGCGGGCGCCACUGGACGGACGAUGAGGUGCGAGCGCUGCUUUGCGUCUGGGCUGACCGGCACAUUCGGGAGCGCUUGAAGUGCACGCUGCGCAACAAAUCCAUCUUCCAGGAGAUGGCCCGUCAGAUGCAGAGAAACUUUGGGGUGGUACGCAACUGGAAACAAUGUCGAACUAAAUACAAGAACUUGAAAUAUGAUUACAAGACGGCCAAAAGCGCUCACGCUGUUGGAGGCAGCGGCGCAGGAGGCCCGGGGAAAUACAUGAAGUUCUUUGAUGAGGUGGAGGCAAUUCUACUGGACCGGGGGCUGGAAAACGGGACCGUGGAGAUGCAGAAGAGGUUGUAUGAGGGAGAAAUUGGAGCAGACAGGCAACAGACAUCGGCCUCAGAAAGUGAAGUUGUGAUUGAAAUUGACGAUGAUGAAAACAGUGAUGAUUAUGAUAUUGAUGGACACAUGGAAGCAAGAUGGAGAGGAACAGAUGCCAAUCUUGCACUCACGGAUCCGUCCAGCUCUGAGCAGUUCCACGUGGUCACGGUGUCGGACACGGGCCGAAACUGGAGUGACCAGGAGGUGCGAGCGCUCAUUCGAGUCUGGUCCGACGAGAGAGUGUGCAAACAGCUGGAGAGCUCGACUAGAAAGAGAGACAUCUUUGUCCAGAUCUCCAACAGGUUAAUGCAGCAAGGCAUUGAGCGGGACUGGAAGCAGUGCCACACCAAGUACAAAAACCUCAAGUACCUUUACCGCUCCCUUCAGAGGGGGAAGGGUGAAGAAGCUGACCCUAGGCGCCUUAUGAGGUUCUACGAUGAGGUGAAUGCCAUUAUGAAUCGCACAAGUGAUGGCUCACCGCAGGAGAACACAGGAACUGCGGACCACCAGGCAGAAUCAGACAGACUCACGAUGUUGGGGGUCCGUGAGGAGAACAAUCAUGUAGAUGUGCAUUUGAGAAAGAUGAACGCAGUGACCACAAUGGCAGGAGGAACUGAGGACCAAGCAUGUGGUUCUGAUACGGUCUCAUCUAUGUGCUUCGAUGUGACGCCGAACCACGAAGAACUGAGGCUGCAUGCACUCCAGGAGCUACGCUUUGAUCAACAGCAGAGAUUAAUGAGCUCUUGUGUAACGCGUGUAAAGACAGAAGUUAUCUAUUCAGCAAACAGAAGGAUGAAGAGGAAAGCUGUGGAUCAAGACUUCACACUCCAGACACCAGUCAAAAAACGGGUCACUGGCUGUGAUAACAUGGAGGCUGGAUGUAAAGAAGAGCAGGAUCACAUCCCGAUAAUGAAGAUCAAUUCAGUCUGUUCAAUAGCCUCACCUAAUCCAUCCCCACAGAGAGAGGACUGUCGGUUGUUGAAGAACACCACCAUGGCCUCCGCAUCAGAGUUGAAGAUUGGUAAAAAGCUACAUGAGGGAAAGACGAAGCAGAUUUUUGAACUUGAGGGUGAAUCCGGAGUGGUUCUGGUUCAGUCCAAAGACCAGAUCACAGCGGGGAAUGCCGUGAGGAAAGACCAGAUGGAAGGAAAGGCUGCCAUUGCCAACAAAACAACGAGCUCCGUGUUCAAGCUGCUGCAGGAUUCUGGCAUUAAAACUGCCUUUGUAAGGAACCACUCAGACACAGCGUUCAUUGCCACCCACUGUGAGAUGAUUCCUAUUGAGUGGGUAUGUCGCAGAGUGGCAACUGGAUCCUUCCUCAAGAGAAACCCAGGAGUAAAGGAAGGCUACCGCUUCUCCCCCCUGAAGAUGGAGAUGUUCUUCAAAGAUGAUGCCGCCAAUGACCCUCAGUGGUCAGAGGAGCAGCUGCUGGAGUCAAAAUUCUCUCUGGCUGGGCUCAAUAUCGGUCAGUGUGAGGUGGACAUCAUGAAUCGCAGCACUGUGGCCAUCUUUGAGAUUCUGGAGAGGUCCUGGGCCACUCAGAAUUGCACACUGGUGGAUAUGAAGAUCGAGUUUGGAGUGAAUGUCAAGACUCAGGAGAUUGUCCUCGCUGAUGUGAUCGACAAUGAUUCAUGGAGGCUGUGGCCGGCUGGAGAUCGGAGCCAGCAGAAGGAUAAGCAGGUGUACCGAGACCUGAAAGAAGUUACCCCUGAGGCGAUGCAGAUGGUGAAGAGAAACUUUGAGUGGGUCUCCGAAAGGGUCAAGCUGCUGCUGGAGCCCCUGGCCGGAGGCAGGGUGGUAGUUCUGAUGGGCUCCACCUCCGACCUGGCUCACUGUGAAAAAAUCAAGAAGGCCUGUAGCUCCUUAGGGAUCCCCUGCAUCCUGAGAGUCACCUCGGCACACAAAGGUCCGGAUGAGACACUCCGCAUCAAAGCUGAAUAUGAAGGUGAUGGCGUACCCACCGUGUUUGUGGCUGUGGCCGGCAGGAGUAACGGCCUCGGCCCGGUGAUGUCUGGAAACACUGCGUACCCGGUCAUCAACUGCCCUCCUCUCACUCCAGACUGGGGUGCACAAGAUGUCUGGUCAUCCCUGCGUAUGCCAAGUGGUCUCGGCUGCUCGACCAUCCUCUCCCCUGAGGCCGCUGCUCAGUUUGCCGCGCAGAUUUUCGGGUUGACCAAUCAUCUGGUGUGGUGCAAGCUGAGGGCCUCCAUGCUCAACACCUGGGUGUCUCUCAAGCUGGCUGACAAGAAGUUACAGGCCUGCAGCCUCUGAAAGGCUCCUUUCACCCUUGUGUUGUCUUCUUAGGCUCCAUGUUCUGUCACUGAUGUGUCUUUGUUUACCAUGAGAAGCCACUUACAGUAGAUGAAGUCUCCCUAUGAUUUCUCAAACAAAUAAAUCAUUCCAUUAAAGAAAGCUUCUUAAUUAAAA